CAAUGGAAUAUCAUUCUCAUUUAGAAAAUAUGGAUGAAGACGGUUAUACUCAAUUAAACUUCAACUCCAAAGGCAACUUCAGAAGACCUAUGGACCCAGAGAAAGGACAAAGGACUCCAUCUCCUCCUUGGCGCCUCAUAGCUGUGGCUUUUGGAAUCCUGUGCUUGGUCACACUGGUGAUUGCUACCGUGCUGGGUGCCCUAGCAUUUUGGAGAUCCAGCUCAGGGAGAAACCCAGAGGAGAAAGAUAACUUCCUAUCAAGAAAUAAAGAGAACCACAAACCCACAAAAUCAUCUUUAGAUGAGAAGGUGGCUCCUUCCAAGGCUCCCAAAACCACAGGAUUCUUUUCCGGCCCUUGCUCCCCUAAUUGGAUCAUGCACCAGAAGAGCUGUUAUUUAUUUAGCAUGUCACUAGAAUCUUGGCACACAAGUAAGAGACGGUGUUCCCAACUGGGCUCUAAUCUCCUGAAGAUAGACAACGCAAAUGAACUUGAGUUUAUUGAAAGCCAAGUGUCCUCUCACCCUGCUAAUUCAUUUUGGAUAGGACUUUCUAGAAAUCAAUCUGAAGGAGCAUGGCUCUGGGAGGAUGGAUCAAUAUUGUCUCCCGAUUUGUUUCAAAUCAGAAACACACCUACCCAGGAAAACUCACUUCACAAUUGUGUAUGGAUUCAUUUGUCAGAGGUUUAUGACCAAAUCUGUAGUACUGCCUCAUUCAGCAUCUGUGAGAAGCAGCUGCAAAUAUAGAAGUGGGGAAUGGAGGAGAAGAGAUAAGUAAGGAGAGCGUGCCCAUCAGCACACACAUGCGCA